CCCCGACGCCGGUGUUGCGGUUCUGCGCCCAGGCUGAGCUGCCUGGCGGGUCAUGGUGCUCGGUCGCGGGUCGCUCUGCUGUCAGAGACUCGCGGCGCUGGGACUCUCCUGCGCGCGCCGCGGCCUGGGCCCAGCCCUGCUGGGAACCCUCUGGUAUCACUCGGAUUUCAGGAAGAGUCUGACUGUAGAGCAGGGCGCCAUGAAGGUGGAGCUGCUGCCUGCCCUGACCGACAACUACAUGUACCUGCUCAUUGAUGAGGACACACGGGAGGCCGCCAUCAUUGACCCCGUGCAGCCCCAGAAGGUUGUAGAAACAGUGAGAAAGCACGGGGUGAAGCUGACCACAGUGCUCACCACCCACCACCACUGGGACCAUGCUGGCGGGAAUGAGAAGCUGGUUAAGAUGGAGCCCGGGUUGAAGGUGUACGGAGGUGACGACCGGAUCGGAGCUCUGACGCACAAGGUCACACACCUGACUACGCUGCAGGUGGGGUCUCUCCACGUCAAAUGCCUGUCCACACCGUGCCACACUUCAGGACACAUCUGCUACUUCGUGAGCAAGCCCGGGGGCUCCGAGCCCCCUGCAGUGUUCACUGGGGACACCCUGUUCGUGGCUGGCUGUGGGAAGUUCUACGAAGGGACGGCAGACGAGAUGUAUAAGGCACUGCUGGAGGUUCUGGGCCGGCUUCCUCCCGAAACGAAAGUCUACUGUGGCCACGAGUACACCAUCAACAACCUCAAGUUCGCAAGGCAUGUGGAGCCUGGCAACACGGCGGUGCAGGAGAAGCUGGCGUGGGCCAAGGAGAAGUAUGCAAUUGGGGAGCCCACGGUGCCGUCCACCCUCGCAGAGGAGUUCACGUACAACCCUUUCAUGAGAGUGAGGGAGAAGACGGUGCAGCAUCACGCAGGGGAGACGGACCCCGUGACUACCAUGAGGGCCAUCCGCAGGGAGAAGGACCAGUUCAAGGUGCCCCGGGACUGAGGGCCGCCUCUCGCGGGACCUGGGGGCCUUAGGUAACCGACUGCCCUGCUGAUUAUGCAGGAAAUCCAGUAUUAAUUUUAAAUUUAAAUUAAUUUCAGAGCCCUGAGCUUGUGCGAUCAGAUGCACUCUAAUGCGUAUUUAUAAGAGAAAAACUUUAAAAGUAUUUAUUCCCAUAA